UGCCGUGUGAUUUACCACACAAAUCAUUCUUCCUUUUUGAUUGCCGAUUCAAGUUAGAGCAUAAAAAAUUUGACUAUCUUUGACUCUCACCAAUCACGGUGAUCAAAGAAAUGCAGAAUUUCCCAUCAGAUGACAAUUUAUCGAAAUAGAUCUUUCUGACUAUUAGACAAAAAUGAUAGGUAUCGACAGCCUAUUUUCUUUUAUUUUAUUCCUGAAAUGGAGCAAUCUCUUAGUUGUUAAGUUUCUGUGCUCAGGCUGUGUUGUUGACUUGAAUAUUUUACCCUUGGGUAUAUGUUGUAUCAAGUGAUUUGCUAAUUGUUGGAACUGUAGAAUCCGUGAAUCUUGUACCUCUCAUGAUCAAAAUAUUGCAGUGGCAACAUAAUUUCAUCUUUGACAUCCAAAGUUUAUUCAUGAAUUUUAUAUAUGUUAUUCUUCUCUUUAUCUACUAUCUGUUGAACUGCAUACUUGAAUUUAUUUGGAUGGACUCGUGAAUAUAUAUGGAUCUUGUAUAUUUUUAGGAUUGAAAUUUUCACUCUUUUAUGCAUUUUAAGCUCUUUAAUUUUACAUAUAAUUGUAGUGUUUCAUUCCCCUGAAGAGGUAGACCUUUUCUGCUGACUCACUUGAGUCAAAUUGUACUCUGCACAAUUUCCACCAGAUGGGGAAGCUGCGUGCAAAGCAAUCUCUGAAAGAGAGGAAAGCUUUAUAUGCACUUCUAAACAGACUGUUAUGUGCAACCUACAAUACAUCCUUUUCUUCUUACUCUCAACUCUCGAGUCUCUAACAGUACAAAUGCUAUAUGUCAGAAGAAGCCGAACUGUGGAUUUACACACUCCAAACCAUGCAACAUCUGUCCAUAUGGUUGCUGCUAACAACGACCUCUUAAUCCAAAUCCUCCUACACAUCCCCUUAAGAUCUCUACUCCUGAUUCAAAUCUGUAUCCAAAUGCUGGUUCUCUCUCAUCACCAACCCCCAUUUCUCUCCUGCAGACAGAACACCAACUCCCCAUAAUGCCUGUUCUCGUGGGUCCUUAUUCCUCAUCAACCCAGAAUAAGAUUUCGUUUCCCUUGAUGAUGACAAUUCAACGAGAGCUCCUUUCAAUAGGCUCACUUCCGUUUUUGCGAAUCCUGCUUAGAGGGUAAAACAACCAAAAGGCCUUUUAUGCCUAAGGGGCAUAGUGCAGGACUGUAGCUCUGUUGUUGUAGCUUCCAAGUGCUUACUGGCAAUGCAAUUAUCACAUCUACAAUCCAACGUCACCACACUUCCUGAUCCUUCUUGCUGAGCUUUCAGGAUCACUUGCGGGUUUGAAUCGGUUUGCGGCAUUUAUUUAGCUUUUGAUCCAUCAAAAUCACCUCACUACAAAGUUGUUUGCAUUUAUUUCUCCUUAUCAUUGCCUGAGCAUCAUGAGAUUGAGAUCUACUCAUCCGAUACUGGCCUUUGGACACCCUUUCCUUGCAGAUGUUUCUUUCUUGAGAGGGGGUCUUCUUGGAUGGUGCUAUUCAUUGAAUCAGCACCUAUGCUGAUUCCUUGUACUUUAAUGUCGAUGAAGAGCGUCUUGGGACAAUGCUGAUGCCUCCCCUGCCGGAUGACUGGGAGGGGAGGAGGGUCAAGUACUUGGGAGAGCGUCGCGACCAUGUGCAUCUAGUUUAGAUCUCCGGUCCACAUUACGCUCUUUAAUGUAUAUGAAAUGGAGAGAGGCUAUUCUGCGUGGUGGUUCGGGAAAUACCAUGUUGAUCUUGAUUCGAUACCAGCCGCUUUUCCAGAGAUGAUUAGUAAACAUCUUUUACCAUCGGACUUGCAUUAAUACAAAUUUGUUAUACUGAGUCUUGUUCAGGAAGAAGAUGUUGAGGACUCAUUUAUGGUUUUGCACGUCCCUGGUUAAGCUAUAUGCUACAAAAUGGGGAACAGAACUUUUAAGAAGCUUUGUGAUUUUGUUCCAGGUCUUCCUGUCAUCGAAAUGCAUAUAGAGGGUUUUUUACAGUUUGGGUCAGACAAUGCUUUUCAAUACAUUUGAGUCUCUCCAGCAUUUGACAGCUUUUCUUGGUUAAUCAUUUGUGUCAUCUUGCAUCAUUGUAUAUGUUUGCUGUUUCAGUUUGACAUUGUUAGCAUGUUUGUUUUAUAAUAGUACUUCAUUAUCAUGACGAUUCCUCAUAUUUAAUCCUUAGAAUAAGUCUAAACCUAAGAUAGUCAACUUGUAGCUUUGGCUAAUGUUCAAUGUUAGUCAUGAAGCUUUGCUGUCUAAUGAUUUGUGUAUUGUUCUGUCUUGCAAAAUUAAGUUUUAUACGAGUAAAAAAAUUGAAACUUCUGAGUGAUGAAGUAGGAUGAGAAAAAUAAUCUAAUUUAAAGUUCAAUUCUUUGUGGUCAACAUUCAAAAGAGGGUGUAAUGCGCAAGCACUAAUCAUCUCUAAUUCACUUGCUUGUUAAAUAUCACAAAUCUCUCUCCAGAUCUGAUGGAAACAUGUUAUCCUUCAAAACUAUUCCAAUUGCAAAGGUCUUCAACACCCCCAGGCCACAAAAUCCAUCACCGGCAGAUGAAGUCGCCUCCAACGAUGACCUCCUGAUCGAAAUCCUAAUACAUCUACCUGUAAAAUCACUCCUCCAAUUCAAAUCCGUGUCCAAACGUUGGCUCUCUCUCAUCACCAGCCCCCACUUGUCUAACCGUCGAUACCCUUACCCUUGCACCCCCUCCGGCCUGUUCUUGCGCCCACUCUGUGGCAACCCAUUCAACCACCACAUCUUGGAAGAAGAAUUCAUCCCAAUUGACAACCGUGGAAAUCUUACUUCUGCCCCCUUUGGAGCUUGCUCUUAUUUUCCGGACCUGUCAAGUGUAAGAAUUUUAGAUUCUUGCAACGGACUAUUGUGUUGUUCGAGCUCUUCUAGAGUUGAGUGUGAAGAAAACUAUCAUGUCUACAAUCCUACUACCAAGCAGUUCAUUACGCUUCCUGAACCCGGUCAAGGUGUUCAAAGGAACAUUGAUUGCUUGAGUUUAGCUUUUGAUCCUUCAAAAUCAACUGAUUUGGUGUAUCGUGAGUGUUUUCAGAUUGAGAUUUACUCUUCUGAGACCAGACGUUGGAGAAAAUCUGUUGAGCUUUUCAAUGCAGGCUACGCACAAUUUGAUAAUGGGGUGUAUUGGAAUGGUGCAAUUAACUGGAUUAGCUCAUGGGGAUACUGGUGGUAUUUCAAUAUCGAUCACGACCGACUUGGAACAAUGCCUAUGCAGCCCCAUUGUGACGAACGGUUCAAGCGACCAUUUAGAUAUUUCGGUAAGUCUCAUGACCAUCUGCAUCUUGUUGAGAUCUAUUUCAUGACUCAAUUCGAUGUUUAUGAGAUGAAGAGAGACUACUCGGAGUGGUUUGUUAAGUACCGUGUUGAUCUUGAAGGCGUUGUGAGUGCAUUUCCCGAGAUGAUUCUAAACCACUUUGACCCAUUGGACUUGGAAAGUUAUGCAUUUUCCAUACUUUCUCUUGUCAGGGGGGAGAGAGACGAAGAGUCAUUUUUGGUGCUGCACACACCUGGGAAGGUCUUGCGAUAUAACAUCGCGGACAAGACAUUCAAGAAGCUAUGUGAUGUUGGUCCACAUUGCUGUUUUGCUGAGAAUUUGGAGGUCAAGAGUUCUUUAAGAUAUGCAUGGUUUGAUGCUUUUCAAUAUAUUGAGUCCCUCUUAUGUGUUUGACAAUGUUUCUUGCCUAAAAUCAGAUGGACUCACUCUUGUUAUCUGAAACGAGCAAGCUCUGAGUUGGCAAGUUUCUGCGCUCAGGCUCUGUUGUUUGCUUGAAUAUUUUACUUUUAGGUAUGUUGUAGCCCGGAGAAGUCGUCCUGCACGAUUUUAUCUUUGACAUCAAAAGCUUAUUCAUGAAUU